AUGACAGGCGUCGAUACAGGCGCAAAGGCGACGAUAAAUGAGCGAACGAGACUCAUUGCUACUAUUCGAGUAACACCGCAGCAGGGCAAGUUUAGAUACGGCGACAUUGAGAGGCGAUAUGCUGUCAUUGCUGUCUGCUCAACUUCAAUUGCAGUCUUUAUUGCAACCAUCAUCUGGUCGGUCGCUUCUCUCCUGCUCUCGGAUUCUGCAACGGAAAAUACACCAACCAUUAAUUAUUGUUUCAACACCUCGACCGCCUACGCAAGCGCAGAGGCUCUAAACAACAAUAUUGAUGCUUUCUGCCAAGAUGUAGCCGACAACGCACGCACUUUCUCAUACAGCCGCGUGUGGACCAAGAUCUAUUACUCCAAUACACCCGAGGAAUACAAAAUGACUGUAGCAUUAUCAAAACGUACGUCUGGAUUUGAUCGCCACAAGUGUAUAGCGUCCAUGAGCUCCAUCGUCAACAAGUGCGACAUUGACGUGAGCGGGAGCACAUCGUUACACUGGAAACAUGGUGGAGGACGCGUGCAAGAACCAUACGAAUAUACAAUUGAGAUUGCCCGUCACAACCGGCCGUGGCCUCCGCCGUCAAAGCCUUUACAGCACUGCGAAGGAUGGUACAAGUUCAUAUUCCACCACUUUGAUAUCUAUGGUGCUGCUUGGGCGAGUCAUGAUUGGGGGCAAAGGUCGCUUUUGCCAGCCAUCAACCCGUGUUGUGGCCCGGGAAGCCUUACUGGGUGGGGGUUUGAAUACUUUGAUCAGCCAGAUGAAAACGGUCACGAGUGGCACGCAUGGUUCAAUACCGCUCUGGGAACGAGAGGUCGGUGCUUUGAUAACAGUAUAGUUCAGUGCACCGCUGGUGGACCUUGUGAUUCUUACUGUAUUGGUAAUUGA